AUGGCGGCCUCCAUUCUGGGUUCGGCAUGGGGUUCUGCGCGGUUUGGCUUCCACGGUCUGUGCCGCCGCCGGCCGCCCCGGGGCUUGUGGGCGCGCGCGCGGCGGCUCCCGGUGCCCCCAGGAUCGGGGCUUUGCGUGGCCGCGACGGGUGGAUCGGGCGCCUUGGGCACUGACCUCUACUGCCUGGAUUUGCUGCGGAAACGAGAUUAUGAAGGCUAUUUAUGCUCCCUGCUGCUGCCUGCAAAAUCCAGGAGCUCUGCUUUUGCAUUGAGGGCCUUCAAUGUGGAACUGGCUCAGAUUAAGGACUCAAUCUCUGAGAAAACAAUUGGAUUGAUGCGAAUGCAAUUUUGGAAGAAAACUGUGGAUGAUAUAUACUGUGACAGUCCACCACAUCAGCCUGUAGCCAUUGAAUUAUGGAAGGCUGUCAAAAGACAUAAUCUGAAAAGAUGGCUUAUGAAAAUCAUUGAUGAAAGGGAAAAAAAUUUGGAUGACAAAGCAUAUCGUAAUAUUCAGGAACUGGAAAAUUAUGCUGAAAACACACAGAGCUCUCUUCUUUAUUUAACACUAGAAACAUUGGGUAUAAAGGAUCUCCAUGCAGAUCAUGCUGCAAGUCACAUUGGAAAAGCACAAGGCAUUGUCACUUGCUUGAGAGCAACCCCCUAUCAUAGUAGCAGAAGAAGAGUGUUCCUUCCUAUGGAUGUUUGCAUGCUGCAUGGUGUUUCACAAGAGGAUUUUCUACGGAAGAACCAAGAUAAAAAUGUGAGAGAUGUGGUAUAUGACAUUGCCAGCCAGGCACACUUGCAUCUAAAGCAUGCUAGAUCCUUCCACAAAAGUGUUCCCGUGAAAGCAUUUCCUGCUUUUCUUCAGACGAUUGCUCUGGAGGACUAUUUAAAGAAAAUUCAACAAGUGGAUUUUGAUGUUUUCCACCCAUCUUUACAGCAGAAGAACACACUACUUCCAUUAUCUUUGUAUAUUCAGUCAUGGAGAAAAAGAUAUUAAAAUUAUUUUAUGGUACUGAUGCUAAUUUACUUUUGUUAGUUUUAUUAAAGUAUAGUAGUUAAGGUUCUUCUUUACAAACAACGGAAUGGCCUCAGUUCACUUAAGAAGAAAAGGAAUUCAUUGGAUGGGUGUGAGUAGCUUACAGAAAUGGUGAGAAGUUGCUGAGGGGAGAAAUUGUCCACGUUGUACCACAAGCACUGCCGUUAUCACCACUAGCCCCGACUGUGUCUGCUGUGCUGUCCCAGUGAAGGUGGAGCCCCCGGAGGGACAUUGUUUUAGCAAAGCUUGAGCUGCAGGCCAUCCUUCAGCUACCACAGGUCAAGGAGAGAAUGCUUCCUUCCUCACCGGUAGUGCGCCUUUACAUGCUGAACCAAUAGUCAGGUGUCCAGUAUGGCUGGAAAAUAUGUUUAUUUAGGGGUCACAGAGAGUGAAUUUAAUAUUUGAAGAGUGUUGGUCACUAUAUUGAAGGCUCUGUAUCCCUCAGUUCCUCAACCCUGUAAAAAUUUAUCCAUGAUACAACAGCUUUAUGGUAAGACAACUGGCUGACAAGAGCUGGAACCCUAAUUUGGCUUUAGGUCUGGCUGAUUUGAAAACUUUUACUUUUUUUUUAAACCCACUGCUUCACUUUCUGUCAUUCAGCAUUAUUGUGACUAGUAUUGAACAUUCAUUAAGAGGAUACUACAUUUUUUUCAAAACUGCUCUACUAGUUGAGCCAUACAGCAAUAAGCAUAUACUUUCAUCAGUGUUCUCAUUUGGUCUUCCUUAAAGCCCUGUGAAGUAAUAAAAAAAAAAAAAAAAAAAAGAAAUUGGCAAUGAAAAAUUUUCAUUAUAGAAGAUACACUAAUUGCAAAAAAUAAAAUUGUUUGCAUUGCUGGUAAUUGGCAGAUCUGGAUUGUGAAUGAGCCUCUGAUUCCCAAGACCAGGAUUAUGCCAGUUUUCCUGCCUUUUCAAUGGCCUUGUCUCCUGCCCACCUACCUCUGAUUUUAGCACCUUUUGGCUUCAGCUGUGAAUUACUUUAUUUGGAUUAGUAAUGACUUAAAAUAUAACAUUUUUGCAAAUAAAACUCAAACCUGAGAGCAAACAUUGGUUUAUUCAAAUCUUGAGAUCCCCUAGCAUCUAAAAUGGCUUCUGAUUUACAGCACGUAGAGGUUAAUAAAUAUAUAAUUGUGUGAAUGUGCAAUGUAACUGUAUACAUUAGUAUAAUCUUAGUUGAAUGCUGAUGCUGAAAACAUACCCUCUUAGUUUAAUUGUGGGACUCUUUCAAGAGUCUUUUACCUUACGUAAAAAAGGCAAGUACAAGGAAAUGGGACAUAUUUCCUCUUGGGACUCUGAAUGAAUCUAGGGUUGAAGAGUUCUUUAGAGACAGUCUUUGUUAGUAAGCUUUGUCUGUGGAUCUUCCCAGGUUAAAUUUGGCAGCAAUCAGCUGCUGAGUAUCUUGGUUCCUGUCUAAGAGUCUUAAAAAGAAAGGUUUAAACA